AUGGCCCCGCCCCCCCCCCCCCCAGACAACGUCGUACUAUCACUCUCAGAAAGGUCAACCGUAGGUACGGAAAGAACACUGUGUCGCGCUGCUGCCUCUGAGCGUACCGGCACAACCCCCGACUUCGCCAUUGCCUCCACAGAGGGUCUGAUGUACCUUUCUUUGGUACCCCACGGCGUUGAUCUCUAUCAUCUUUGGAAUAAACGGCCCAAGCCUAGCAUCUUCCGGACCCGGGCUGAUUACGAUGUGCACGCUGUUGACUUCGUCACUCCUGAUCUCAUUGCUACAGGCGGAGCAGGAAAAAAUGUCAUCUUGACUGACAAGCGAUCGUCGGGCAACGAUUCUAUCGUCUUCGACCAUGAUACGCCAAUUAGCUACAUCAAAGCGGUGGAUGAUCACCAGGUCCUUGUGACUGGUCAAGCUGGUCGUGGAAGAUCCCCCAUGCCUGAGGAUACGACCAUUUGUUUGUAUGACCUACGUUACAGCAAGAAGAAGGGCCCACAAACUGUUCCAUACUGGGAGACCCCAUUCAAAUUCUCGUCUCCAAAGCCAAAGAUGGAUGUGUGCCCUGAGCUCGGGCUGCUGGCUGCUGUUGACGAUCAAGCCAAACCGCAAUUGUUAUCUUUGAGGAAGGGGUCCUCCGUCCCCUCCUCCAUCACGCAGGAAGACCGAGCACUGACCGUCAAGUUUGACGAGCGCAAUGGAAACAACAUCCUGCUCGUCGGCACUCUGGACGGCGUCGUGAAGGAAUUUUCUUGA